ACAACAACAACUGCAGUACAAUAACAAUUUGUACAACCUGAAUUAUAACAUGGAGGAUAACGAGCGCCGCAAAAGACGCGAACGCGAGAAAUAUGAACGUCAACAGGGCAUACAGAGCGAUGAUCGUGAGACUAGUCUAUUUGGUGAGCCGCGCCGCCUCAAUCCCAGCGAGGGCGAUGCGGAAAUAACGGCCGCCCUUGGGGAUUUCAUCGAUGCCCGGGACCAUAUGAACUCUUCCACGGUGGGAAUCUAUAGGCAUGCCAGCACGAAUGCCUCCAGUUCGCGUCUGCCGGCGCUCUCGUUCGGUGGUGGCAACUCGUUGGCCAACUCCUACUCAUCAUCAUCCGCCUCCGUGAACCCAGCUGCGUCAUUAGCUUCCUCAUCCGCCUCGGUGCCUGGCCAGCUGCCCACUUCACAGCAGCAACAGCAACAACAGCAGCAGCAGCAGCAACACUAUCAACAGCAGCAGCGGGCGCCCACCUAUCUGAAGCAGGCGGAUAAUAAGCCGCCCUACAAUGGGCGUGGCGGCUAUCCCGGGCAGCCCAUGAAGAAUGACAUACCCUCGAGUAGCGGCAUGGCGCCGCCACGUGGUCCGCCCAGAUCGUCAUCAUCCGCCAGCCAGAGCAACAGCAACAGCAUCAACUCGUCCAGCGCCACAAACAAUGCCACAGCGGCGGCGACAUCAGCGUCCAUGUCCUCGCCCCUCGGCCCGCCCCUGUCCACGCAAAUGCCGAAUGGCCGCGAGAAAUCGUUUCUGGGGCCGCCGGCGCCGGCGCUGCCCAACGGCGGACGAUUUGUGCCGCCAGCGGCCAGCAAUAAGCGGCCAAGCAAUAGCGUUGGACUGCAGCCACCGCCACCAGAGAAGGAUAUUAGCAAAAUAAUCACCGAAAUGACCAACAACUAUCGCGUGACCCCGCUAACUUCAAUCGCGGCCACGCCGCACGCUCCCAUGUCCGAGAACUACAAUCUGAAUGGGCCCAAUAAGUUUAAGUAUGCAUUUGAUUCCAUCGGCCCCCUCAACUCACCGCCGGCGGCGGGCGCCUCCUCGCUGAUGACGCCGCUGCUGGCGCCCAUAGCGCCGAUCACCUCGCCCAUAGCGCCGCUGCUGACGACGCCGCCGCAGGCCAGCCAACUGCCCUUGCCGCUGGCACCGCUGGCGGGCGCCACAACGGUGCCGCCUGCCCUGGGGGGCAUGGCGGCUGUGGCACCCAACCAGCAGCUGAUGCCCACGCCCCCGAAGGCGUCGCCGACGCCGCCAGCGAUAAAGCCGCUGAAAACGGAAAAGAAUCAUUCGCUGGAGAAGCAGGACUCGUGCCUUGAGAACGAUCUGGAACUAUCCGAAUCUGAUGAUGAGCGCAAAAAGGAUGGUCGAUCGGCUGGCAACAGCAGCAACAGCUCCGAGUCGGACUCCAGCGAAUCGGGCAGCGAGGCAAGCAGCAAAGGUGAUACGCAGCAGCAACAGCAACAACAGCAGCAACAGCAGCAGCAGCAACAACAGCAGCUGUUGCUCCAACAACAACAGCAGCAACAGUUGCUGCUGCAACAGCAACAACAACGGCUCGCUGCCAGCGCCAAUGGCAGCAAAAAGAAAUACAGCCAAACGAUAAUUGCGAGUGGAGCGAAUACAAUCAGCGGGUUGCUCACGUCGAGCGGCUUGGGUGGUGCUGGUGCUGGUAGUGUGGCAGGUGCUGGUGGCGCCAUCAAUUCCACGAACAACACAUGCAGCGGCGGUGGCUCAAGCGGCUCCUGCAUGGGCACCAUGAGCAGCUCCAGCUCAUCGAACAAGACGCCUUCGCCCACGGACAGCAAUCGCUGGAAUCUAAGUCGUUUCUUUCCCAAGCCAGCGAACCAGACGGCCGCCGAGAGUGUGUCGCCGGGCGUGGCCAAUGCCAUGGGCAAUGUGAGCAUGAAGGUGCCCGGCAUCCUGCCAGGCGGUGCACAGAUCAUACCCGAAUCCAUCGACGUGACCACGGCGAUUGUGAAGAACGAGAAGCUGCACGACGAGCCGCGGCACGUGGACGACGACGAGGAUGACGAGGCGGAUGAGCAGCAUCAGCAGCAGCAGCAACAGCAGCAGAGAUAUGGCUUGAGUGUGACUGUAAAAAAAGAGCAACUGGAGCAGCAGCAGCAGCAGCAGCAACAGUUGCUGCUACAACAGCAACAGCAGCUGACGACGGAGCAGCUGGCGCUGGCGGGUGCCUUGCCAAAGAACCAAAUCAAACGCGAGUCCCGAUUGUCCGACUCCGGCAGCGCCAGCAGCGGCAGUGGCAGCGGCAGCAGCAGCUCCGACAGCGCCGGCGGCAGCAGCGAAGUGUUGCAGAUGCCCGGCCCGGGCGAAACCCUGCAAAUACCUGGCGUACCUGCGGCGAUAACAACGGUGCUGCGCGUGCCGCCGGCAAUGCAGCACAAGGUGCAGCCCAAUAGCGUCACAUUGACGCCCAUUGGGCCGCUGCCGGCGUCGCCGAAGCCGCGGCAAAAGAAGCCGCGCAAGAAGAAAAUGUCGGCGGCAACAGCGCCGCUGGACUCCAGCGACGAGGACGAGCCGACGGCCAGCAGCAACAAGAAGCAUGCGCUGGAGCUGGCAGCAACAGCAGCAGCAGCGGCUGCCGCGGUGGCGGUGCCGGUGGCAGCGGCGGCGCCAGCGAUCAAAAAGGGACGCGGCCGGCCACGCAAGCAGGCACAGCAACAGCAGCAGCAGCAACUCCAGCAGCAGCAGCAGCAACAGAGCGGAAAUCUGAGCAGCGCCUCGGCGAGCAGCUCGCAGGCCAAGGGACCAACGUUGACAGCGGCCAAGAAGCCGCUGGCCAAAGGCAGUGUUGGCAACAGCAACAGCACGGCGCCAGCAACAGUUGCUGCGGGCACACGCAAGCGUGAGCACAGCAGCAACAGCAGCUCCAAUAGCAAUACGCCCACCAAGAAGCCAACAGCAGCAUUUGCCACGAUUGCGGCGAAGCUUGAUCGUGCCGAUGCGCUGAGCAGCGAAGACGACAGCAGCAGCAGCAGCAGUCAGCAACUGCAGCACCAGCAACAAUUGCAGCUGCAACAGCAGCAACAACAACAACAGCAGCAAUCGCUGCUGGGCCACUUUGCGGCUGAAUCGCUGCCGCAGUCGGCGCAGCGCUUGAGCAGCAGCGACUGCAGCAGCAGCAGCAACAGCGACAGCAGCAGCAACAGCAGCGGCAGCAGCAGCAGCAGCGACGAGGACGGCGAGCAUCGCAGCGGCAAGCGCAAGAGUGAUAAGAAGAAGAUAUGCACACUGACGCGCAUCUUCAAUCCCAAAGAGGGCGGGGCCAAGAAACAGGGUCAGGUUGUCAUCAUCGAUCAAUCCGAGGAACAGCAGCAACAGCAGCAGCAGCAGCAACAGCAACAACAGCAGCAGCAGGCCAAAGAGCUUAAGCCGCGUGCCACGCCCACACAGCUGCUGGGCGCCACACUGGCAUCGCCGGCAAGAACCACCACGCCCCACUUGACCUCGCUGAUGUGCAAAAUCGAUCUGAGCAAGCUGGCGCGAGUGCCGCCCGAGUGGUACCAGAAUAGCUACAGACUGUACGCGGCUGAUGGACAGCAUCAGUCGCAGCACCACCACCAGCACCACUCGCAGCAGCACCACCAUCAGCCCGAGAGACUGAAGACGCAGCAGAACGGCCAUCUCAGCAGUCGUUCCGCCGAGGGCGCACGCACGCCCAAGGAUCUGCAGCAGGUGUACACGCCCAACGGGUAUGUGAGUGGUGCGGCAGGUGGUGGCGGUGCAGCGGCUAGCAAGCUGCUGGGCGGCGUCAAGCACGAGCAUGGCGUCAAGCCCGAGCCGGAGCUGGAACCCGGCUACGAGGGCAAGUACAAACUGAACAGCGUUAAGCAGGAGUUCAUGCUCAAGCAGGAGUUGCCCGCGCGUCGACGCAAACGCAGCUCCAGCUCCAGUUCGAGCCCCUACAAGGAGAAGAAGCGAAAAAAGGAGAAGGCCGAACAGCUCAGCAAGGAGCUGCUGCCCGUGCCGGUGCUGCUGCCUGCCAACAAUCACGAGCGAUUAUCGCGCGACAAGCUCGAGCUGCUCAUACAGCAGCAGGAGAGCGCCGCCAAUGGCAGUCCCAACAAUCCACAGCUGCGGCAGCAACAGUUGCCGCUGUGCCCAUAACUGCCAACCACCUGCAGCGAAGCGGUGCAAACGACGCCGCCACCAGCAGCGCCCCAGCCAGAGCCGCGUCUCAUCUAUCGGUCCCACUUUGACAAGGAGGAGGAGAACGAAAGCGACGAUCUCAGGAAAAACGACUUUCUGCUACAGGAGGCGAUCAGGCGUAAGCGUGCCGCCGAUUCGGAACGUGAUUCGUUCAGUCAGAUGACGCUUUACCUCGAGGCGAUCGUCUACUUCCUGCUCACCGCCGAUGCCAUGGAGCGGUGCAACAUGGAGGCCACCUGGACCAUGUACAAGGACACCCUGUCGCUAAUUAAAUACAUUUCCUCGAAGAAUCGACCGUAUCAGCUGUCAACGAACGGAAAUCAUGAAUCGCACAACAUUGUGGCCAUACUCAGUUUGCGCUGCCAAUCACUGAUAUCCUUAAAGCUUUACAAAUUGCGACGCGUCAAUUGUCGUGCAAUUAUCGCCAGUUGUACCGAAUUUUUUCGCUCUGGCAGGGGGGAUAUACUGAAUGGCAAUACGCCGUCCUCCAUAUCACCAUCGAACUCAGUGGGCUCUCAGGGCUCCGGUUCGAAUACGCCGCCUGGCAAAAUAGUGCCUCAAGACAUACACAAUAUGCUGUGCAAGCAGAAUGAGUAUCUCACCUAUGUGAACAGCGCUCACGAGCUGUGGGAUCAAGCCGAUCGUUUGGUGCGCAACGGCAAUCAUAUAGACUUCAUACGCAAGCUGGAUCAUGAGAAUGGGCCUUUGACGCUGCACAGCACCAUGCAUGAGGUGUUUCGGUAUGUGCAGGCGGGGCUUAAGACUCUACGCGAUGCUGUCUCGUAUCCCCAGUCGCAGUAGCGAUAACAGCAACGCCAAUAUCAACAACAACAACAACAACAACAACACCAACAGAAACAACAACAACAACAACCGCAACAACAUCAUCAUCACCACCAAACGUGUCUAAAUGAAAGUCAGGCCAAAUUAGCAACUAUUAUUAAUACUAUUAUUAUUAUUAUUAUUAUAAAUUAUAAUUAUUAUUAAAUUGUAUACUAUAAUAUAUAAAGCGAACGGAAAGCGUCAGCAAACCAGCUACUAAAAUUAAGUUUAGAAA